GUUUUGUUGAGAGAAGCUGUUUCCAAAUUUUGAGUUUUCAGAGAUGGUUUCCUAAAUUCUGAGUUACAUUGGAGUUUACAAAUGUGGGCAGUUAAACGGGAGACUGUACAAGGAAAUGGAAGGAUAUAUCGAUUGCCACUGUCACCUUUCCGCGCAGGAGUUUGACGAGGAUCUGGAUGAAGUUAUAACAAGAGCAAAAGAGGCUGGCAUUGGUGCAAUUGUUGCAGUUGCAGAAUUUCCUUGGGAAGCUCCAAAGAUUCUUAGUCUUUCUCAAAAACAUAAAGACUUCAUUUUCCCAUGCCUUGGGGUCCAUCCUGUUCAGGCUGAACCACCUGACUCUCAAAGAAGUGUGACUUUGGAGGACCUUGGGCAAGUGGAACCAGUGAUAGGGGAUAAUGUGGAAAAAUUAGUUGGUAUUGGUGAGGUUGGUCUGGACUUCACACCAUUCAACGUGAAGGGUGCCUCUGACAAAGACGUGCAGAGACAGGUGUUUGCAAGGCAGAUUGACUUGGCCAAAAAGUUUGACUUACCAGUGAAUGUGCACUCUCGCUCAGCUGGGAGGCCAGUUAUACAGCUGCUUAAAGAGCAAGGAGCCAGCAAGGUGCUGCUGCAUGCCUUUGAUGGGAAGGUGUCCGUGGCUCUGCAGGGGGUCCAGAGUGGCUACUUCUUCUCUGUUCCUCCCUGCAUCGUCAGGAGUGAACAGAAACAGAAGCUGGUGAAGGCGAUCCCGCUGGAGAAUCUGAUGUUAGAGACAGACUCACCUGCACUGGGACCUGUCAAACUGGAGAGAAAUGAACCAAUGAACAUCAAGAUCUCCUGUGAGCACAUUGCCAGGAUCAAGGGCAUCUCCAUGGAAACAGUGAUGCAAGUGACAACACAAAAUGCACUCAAGCUGUUUCCUAAGAUCAAACAACUUCUUACAAAAUAAAGAUGAAUAUGUAACUUCUUUGUUGUAAGGUCUUGUUCAUUGACUGAACAUAUGUGCAAGAGAACUGAAAGGCAACAUCAACUCAUCAAUCAGUUCUUCAUAGAUUUUGCCUAAUACAUACCAUGGAUAUAUAAAUGAGAAAAUGAAAAUACAGUUGAUUUUAAUGCAAUUCUGUUGUACUGUAUCUAAAAGAUUGGAUCCAUGCCUAUUGCAUGGAAACUACAGUGAUGACGAAAGAAAGUUUAUUGGAUGUA